CUCUUCUCACGCUUUUCCUGCCACGUAGAACCAACCGAGUAGAGUUCAAUCACCCUCACGCCCACAAUGAGCAUCCCCAAGCUUCCGAUAGAGCCCCUCUGGGUCGAGCACAUUCUUGUACCGUUUCUCCGCUACGCAUUCAGCUCCACACUACCCUACGACGCAGAUCUCACGCCGCAAGUCCAACGGGCCAUUGCUUUCUGCCUCGUCAAGCCUGACUACCCAACCGAUGGCGACGACCUGCUCUUCGAGCGCGUUUUCAUGGCCAUCCUGCAUCGCUACAAAGAUCUCGCACCGGACCUCAUUCUCGUCACGGCCAACCUAGAGCCGCUCGCCAAGUUCCUUAUCCGGCGAGCACAGCUGAAAGGUCCGUUCAAGCUAUUGGAGAGAAGCCAUGUAGCGAGUGACGCAUGGGUUGAGUACGAAGAGAAGCGGAUAGCAUGCCUAGUGGAGCAAGACCGGAGUGGAGAAGAAGGCACGCAUAUGGCUCAGACCGACUCAAACGGGUUUGCUAACCCAGUUCACGGUUCCCUUCUAUCGGCACGUCCAGCUGUCGAACCUCCGAAAGCAGCACCCACUGAGGCUGUUAUCGACCCCCGUCUGCUUCACGCACAGCCCGGUCAGUACAUUGCUCCGGGACUCUCGGCUACUAUCGCACCUGCCGAUGAUGAAUACUAUCGACGCCAGAAUCGGUUGCUGGAAGGAGUUCACGCUCGAAAUGCUGCUACUUCGUCGUGGGUUCGGCAACUGCAGGCCGCGGCAACCCCAGUGUUAACGGAUUUACCGCAGAAUCAUGUCUCUGGGGUGUACGCAAAUCACGGCUCGCCAUAUCAACAGCAGCACACACCCUCAUAUGCUAAAACCCUCGAACAGCAUCUCACUUCGUAUCCACAUCAGACCGGAUAUCGCCCCAUAGCGCCAGCAGUGAAGCACCAAAAUCCUGUCCAACACAGUCUUCCAGCCCAAGCACCAAAGCCCUCUUCCACGAACCCACUCAACACCCCAACCUACCAUCUCCGCCCGCCUCGAGACUACCCACUCCAACCCCUCUCCUUCCCCACCUCACUAACCACGCCCUCACCCCAACGCGCUGACCUCUACUCACCGCCCGUCCGUGUCUCUUCACCGUCAAGCUUCGAGAACGGUACGGGGAGUGCGCAUGGAAACACGUAUCCUUCGUUUCCGGUGGCGGGCUCUGAGCAGGCGCCGCGCGGGUUUGGCGUGCAUCCUGGGUUUUCUAAUAUCGUGAGCUCGUUUCCGGUGGUGCGGUAUGGUAAUAUGGGGCGGUAUGGAGGGGCUGAUGAGUUUCGGUCUGGGUCUGGGUAGUGUGGUGGUGUG